AUGGCAAUCACCAAGGAACUUUUUCAUAAGAACAAAACAUCCUUGGCAUUAGCCGCCCACAGAGUGUCAGAACUUUCAACAUCGAUUGCUUUGUACAUUGAGCAACAAGGCGUCCAACAGCCUGACUUGUCAGCCUCAUCUGCUAUCCUUCCCGACACCCCAGAGUACAGAAGUCUGCGAAACCAACUAAAUGAUGCCAUCCAGGACCUUCAUCUUCUGACUAACGGGCCCCUUCAUUACUUUCGAACACUGUCCUGGUCAGUGGUUGAUCUCGCGGCUGUGCAAGUCGCUCUGAGUUUCAAACUCCCACACAUUGUUCCCAAUAACAAUGUGGGUCUCACGGCUGCCGAGAUUGCGCAGACUGCUGAGCUGGAGGAAGACCGUACGAGCCGCAUCCUCAAGAUGUUGGCUACAUAUCGUAUUUUCGAGGAGCAUGAUGGUAGGUUUCGUCACACCGCAAGCUCAGAAUUCCUUCGAACUUCGGGCUUCACUCCAAUGGCGGAGACUGCACUUGAUGACUGCUUCAAGGCAGCAUCGGAGAUGAAUGUUAUGUUUGAAGCAUCACCAAAGUCGGUACCAGGCAUGGAGAACAACCCUUUCCAUACGCGCUUCGGGAAGACAUUCUAUGGCUACUACGAAGAGAACCAGGAGAAGGGAUCUCGAUUCUCAAAAGCUAUGAGUGGUUGGGCUCUUGUUGACGAUGCCUUUGCGGUACUACGUGACAACUUUGAUUGGAUCUCUUUGAAGAACAAGAAAGUUGUCGAUGUAGGUGGUGGUAAUGGUGGUGUUAGUGCUCAACUUGCUCGUGAAUUCAAGGACCUCAAGUUUAUUGUGCAAGACCUUUCAGAGCACCAGCUCUCAUCAGAGCACCCCGUCGACGUCCAGGACCGACUGAGCUUUCAAGUUGCAGAUUACAACGAGCCUCAGUCCAUUCGUGAUGCUGGCGUAUACCUCAUGCGUAACGUGUUCCACAACAAUAAUGAUGAAAAUUCCGCAAGAAUCCUGCGUGGUCUUAUCCCCGCUUUGGAGGGUCGAUCAGGAGAUGCAAGACUCCUGAUCAACGACUGCAUUGUGCCUCAACGCGCAGGAGGCGACAUCACGAGAUCAGAGGAGAAUACGUUCCGUCAAUUGGAUUUGAUGAUGAUGUUGCUGUUUGGGGCAAAGGAAAGGACCAAAGACGAUUGGGAACGGCUUUUCAAAACGAUUGAUGGAAGACUUGAGAUUGUAAAUAUGCAUUACAACCCCACUGGCGCAGGAUUGUUGGAAGUUCGCUUGAACUCUGGAUCGACCUGUCUAGCAAUCAGUACCCAAUUGAUCAAGCGCACGUUCCCAUGGUACCAUUACUAUCACGAUAUCAUUAGAAACAGGAUGCCCUCACGAAUGGAUCUAGAGGGCGGCAACCGACAACGCGAUGACUGUGCAGCGAGUAAGCACUCUUCCUCGUCCUCUUCCUCUGAUGGCUACCAUCCGAAUAGAACCUUGUUCCAACCACCGCAGGCCCCCGGCAUGCCAAGGGAGCCCUUGCGUCCCGUAUACCUUGUUGAAGAAAUCGGGCACACUGGAUCGGCUAGCCAUACCCUCGCUCUGAGAGCUACAGUCCCUGGGUCCCAGUGGGCAGAUCAUGGAACCUAUUCUCCACUAGGGACUACACAUCUUACCAAUGUUGAGGCAUCCAUGUUGUCUCGUAUGUCACGCCUUACCAACGAUGAUGUACUACAGCCGCCGCGUGCUCCACCUUUAACUAAUACUGGGCGAUCUCCACAUCGUAUGCCAUUGAUCCCUCACUUCCCAUCCCUACCAGAAGAUUCAUUGGGCGGCGAUGUAUCUAACUCUUUAUAUUAUUCGGUAUCUGGAGAUGCAUCACUGAACGAUAGCCACAACGGCACAUCAUCUGAGCAAAGAUUGGACAGCAAUCAUGGCCGUCCCGCUACUCCCUGGACCCAUAUUCGACCACAGCCUUCUGCAUCUAACUCUGACUAUUUUGUGUCGGAUAGGGAGGCUAUGGAUGACGUGCUAGGAGGUAUCCAGGAACUCCUACAUCGCACCGAACGCCUCGAAUUACAGUUCGGUGCAGGCUUGGAAGAGCGAUUCGCCAGUAUGCUUGCCCGGAUGGAAAACAUGCACAGGCAGAGAAUGGCAGAGUUCCAGGAACAAGUCAAUAGCGAAGCAUGUCGAGCGUACGAUCGGGUCGUCGAUGAAACACACCAGGGUAUCGCCCAGGUCGUAGAAUCAGCCACGCAAGCAAUUAAUUCUCCAAGUGAGAGCGGAGGCUGUCCUUGUUGGAGUCGUAGUGCGAUGAUAGGAUCUACCGCAAGAGAUGGAUCGAGAAGACUGCCUGCUAAUAACACUUCAGCAGGGUAUAGUUGUCCAGAUCUAAGGGAAGUCGCCAAUGACAACAUCGCGUCCCAGGAUACUCUCAGUAUCCAGUGCCCAUUGCAAGCACAGGUGUUGAAUCAGUUACUUGACACUGACAUUGAUCAGGUGAACGACGCUGGACUGAUCACAGAUUUGUAG